CGUCCACUCUGACACCAGCAGCCGAGUGGAGCAGCAAGAAGGUGUCUGCCCAGAGAAACUAGGUCUGCUUAUUUCUUGCUAUUCUCCUUACACAACAAAGGAGGAGAGGAAAAAGAAAAGAAGAAGGAAAAUAAAAGAAGAGGAAGGAAAAGAAAAGAAGAGGUUGCAUGCAGCACAUGAUCCUGAAGAUGACUUGAAUGGAUGUGAAAGAAGCAAAGUCAUUUUUGAGGUGAAGGAAUUCUUCUCUUUUCUUCUUUCGCUCCCGAACAAAUCUGUGGUAAAAAAAACGUUUUUUUGUGUGAAAAUGGCAAGUGAGCAAGAUUAAACUGGCUAAUAUAGAUUUUUUGAGUUGUGCCGAGACAAAGGAGAGCAUGGCCGUCAACACGGACGUCGACUUCCUCAAGUCCAACCUGGGAGAAGGUGGAGGAGGAGGUGGAGGCGCUCAGCUGGCAGACUUCCAGGAGACGGAGAAUCUCCUGGCGGUCACCACGGAGCCGGCGGGCCACGGACUGAAGAUGUCCUCCUCCUUCUCCGUCACCAUGGACCACCAGGACAAGGGUCCCGGGGCCGACCACAACGGCCACAGCGUGAGCUUGAGGUCGGGCUCGGCGGGGCAGCUGGCGGCCGCCGCGCCCCUUUCGCCGUCUAAAGUCUCCCUGAGCCGCUCCUCCACCGGGAACGCCGCCGUGCACGAGAGACCCAAACCUCGGGACCACUUGAUCCUGGUCAUCAUCUCCUGCUUCUUCCUGGUGUGGCCCAUCAGCAUCGUGGCCCUCGUCUACUCCAUCAUGUCCAGGAACAGUCUGCAGGCGGGCGACGUGGACGGGGCCAGAAGACUCGGACGACUGGCUCGUCUGCUCAGUAUCGUCUCCAUCGUGCUGGGAGUGGUGGCCAUCAUCGUCUACAUCUCAUUUUCAGUUUUGCAGAAAUGAGGGACACAAACAGCCCCGUGACGUCCAAACACAGAUGCAACGAGAAGAAAAGAAAAGAAUGCAUACAUUUAAAUCUGAUCUGGUUUCGUUUCUACCAUAUUGUAACUAUGACAUCAUGACGUUCCGGAAGCAAUAGCAAAGUCAUGAUCUUGCUCCUGCAUGCAUUACAACCCACUAACAUCUGCUCCAUGCGACACUAUUACGGACAGGAAGGAGAAGACACUUUCCAACGUGUGAUUACGGACGAGUGAGCACAGGAGACUUUUUCUACACCAGUGAUGGGACGCUUUAACAGCUUCUCCUGUUGGACAGCAGCAUAUAAUCCUCCUAUAUUGAAAGCCGACACAUCAAAAAUGAGAUGUACGUUUUGUACCAUGUGACUACGAAGGCAGCGGACUGAAUCGUUAAGACUGACGGAAUGAGAAGUUUGUGUACGUGAGGAGUCAAGCGCUUGUUGAAUCAUCCCCCCAAAAAAUAUGAUUAUUGCUUUGUAUAUGCAAACACAGGUGCACCCUUUCACAUUAAUCACUUUCAUUUGCCGCACCUAACACUUAAUCUUUGCUCCAGCUCUUCACCUAAUGCCCUUAAUCUCUGUUUACAACCUUUCUACUUGUCGUAUAUCCUCAGUGCUACGCCAGACUGGUUCAAUUCAAGUCUUUUCUUGUAUAUGUAAGCGGAAAUAUAUAUGCAAUAUGUAUGCAUGAUGUACAGUAUGUUUCUUUAAAUGACCUUCACUUCAAUCAACAUCCAGAUCUAACAGAUUGUGUUUCAUAUCAGACAGUGAUCAUCAGUGUUACCACACACACACACACACAUACUAUAUAGUGGGUAAGGCACCUUCACAAUACAGAUAACAUUAACUUCAGGGGGGGGCGUGAAAGAAAUUUGUGAGGUUAGGUGUGUGUGAGGUAAUUGCGUACCGGCAUCUUUAGUGUUCGUAAAGAACUAUCUUGACACAUAGAUAAGCAAAAUAAAUAGUGAGGUGAGAUGGCGGGGGAAAGGGGCCGUGAGAGGCAAUUGGGUAAAGAACUACAGAUAAAAAAACAUGAACUUCAGGGGGGCGUGAAAAAUAAUUGUGAGGUGUCGAGGGAAAGUGGGCGUGAGAGGCAAUUGCAUAAUGGCAUCUUUAGUGUUUGUAAAGAACUACAGAUAAAAAACAUGAACUUCGGGGGGGCGUGAAAAAAAAUUGUGACGUGUCUAGGGAAAGUGGGCAUGAGAGGCAAUUGCGUAAUGGGAUCUUUAGUGUCCGUAAAGAACUAUCUUGACACAUAGAUAAGCAAAAUUAACAUUAACUUCGGGGGCGUGAAAAAAAAUAGUGAGGUGAGAUGUCGGGGGAAAGGGGCCAUGACAGACAAUUGGGUGAAGGACUACACAUAAAAAACAUGAACUUCAGGGGGGCGUGAAAAAUAAUUGUGAGGUGUCGAGGGAAAGUGGGCGUGAGAGGCAAUUGCGUAAUGGCAUCUUUAGUGUUCGUAAAGAACUAUCAUGACACAUAGAUUUAAAAAA